CUUGUAGGGUUGGCUGUGCUUCUGAUAAUUCUAUACAAAUAAAUAUAUUGUUGGAAAAUCUUCCUUGAGUUAGAUAAAUCUUCCUUUCUUGUUUGCCUUCUUAAAAGGAUACCUAUAUCAUUGUUAAAGAAUUGAGAAAAUUUGAAAUGUUUGUUGUAGAGCAAUUAAAAAUCAAACAGCAUUCUAUCCGCCAUAGUUAUCUUUAUUUUCAUAAGAAAACGUACCAUGAAAGUUAUUAAUGCCAUCCAACUAAUUUUCAUAAGAAAACGUACCAUGAAAGUUAUUAAUGCCAUCCAACUAAUAAGGUACUAUGAUACUCCUAUAAGCCACCCAGUAAAAACGUAGCCAUCACUAGUAUAUUUAAAUGUCAACCAUGCUUUCUGUGCUUCUUUUUCUAGAUCCAAUUCUGAUACUCCCUCUAUUUCAAAAUAGGUGUCGCUUUAGCUUAUUUCACGCUCAUCAAAGAGAAGUAGUUCUUUAGUAUAAGAGUUAGUUGGAAACAAUUAGUAUAACUUUUGUUUCUUGAAUUCUUAAAAGUGACAAUUGUUUUCUUUUUGGCUAAAACGACACUUAUUUUGGGACGAAUGGAGUAUUCUAGGCAAAACUUUACAUGUCCUUCAAGCCUUUAAGAGCUAUAGCCAUAAGUGUUCUUCCAAUAAAGAUUUUUUUAAAAGAUACAAAGUUAUGGGUCAUGGUUUCAUUGACGCGACCAAAAGGUCUACAACCAUCAAUUGAGAAAAAAAAACUAGUGGAUUCAAAAGUGUGUUGUUUAAGUUUGAUCAAUGAUGAAUUUGUCAAAGUCAACAAAUUCUUGUCAAAUACAGGAUAGAUUGAUCCACUGGAUAAGAGUGCAUAGACAUUUUUUUCAAAAAUAUGGUAUCUCAUGGUUCUUUUGCUAGUAUAAAUAUAGUAUGUCAUCGACUUAGCUUAGCAACGUAACACAAAAAUUGUUCUUCAUUAACCAAAACAAUGUCUUGCUAUUCUUCUUUGCAUGUAAUCACAGUUUGUUCCCUAUUCAUAGCAACAAUAGCCAGUGUUCCUCCUUCCAAAACCUUUAGGUACAUCAAUGAAGGUUCAUUCGGUGAAUACUUUGUUGAAUAUGAUGCAGAUUAUCGUGUCUUGGACAUUGUCAACUUUCCUUUCAACCUUUGUUUCUUUAAUUCUACCCCAAAUGCUUUCAUCCUUGGGCUACGAAUGGGCCAUCGCAGGUCUGAAUCCGUUAUGCGAUGGGUCUGGGAGGCUAAUCGUGGCAAGCCCGUGCAAGAGAAUGCCACUCUAACAUUUGGUAGAGAUGGGAAUUUGGUACUAGCUGAUGUCGAUGGCACGGUGGCUUGGCAUACCAAUACUGCCAACAAGGGUGUAACAGGGCUAAAACUCUUGCCUAAUGGCAACUUGGUUUUACAUGAUAAAAAUGGCAGAUUUGUUUGGCAAAGUUUUGAUCACCCAACUGAUACACUUUUGGUUGGCCAAGGUUUAAGGGCUAAAGGUCCUUCUAGGCUUGUUAGUAGAAAAUCCAGCAAAGAACCUGUUGAUGGGCCUUAUAGCUUUGUCCUGGAAGGGGGACAUUGGGCCAUGUACUAUGCAAGUGUGAAUUCCCAAAGGCCUUUGCCAUACUUCAAAUCAGACGAUUAUGGCAAUGGGAAAGGCUCUUUAGCCCACUUUGAUUUCUACUGUGAGCCAGAAUAUGGUGCAAAUUAUGCAUUUGAGCUAGGAUUUGGGUACAACAUGACCAAUUCUCCUAGCUCUGGCACUUCCAUAUUUACUAGGCCCAAAUACAACAGUACAUAUACUAUGUUUAGAGUUGAUAUGGAUGGUAACCUAAGAAUGUACACUUAUGAACCAAAUGUUGAUUGGGGGGCAUGGGAUACCACAUAUCAACUUUUCGAUAGGGACAAUGAUGGAAAAAGCGAAUGCAAGCUCCCGAGGAAGUGUGGAUCGUUGGGGGUCUGCGAGGACAGCCAGUGUGUGGCGUGUCCAAGCCCUCGGGGCUUGAUUGGGUGGAGCAAGGGUUGUUCACCACCAAAGUUGCCAGCAUGUAAGGGAGGAUCAAAUGUGGACUAUUACAAGGUAGUAGGAGUUGAACAUUUCACUAGUGAUUAUAAUGAAGGCAUUGGGCCUAUGAAAAUAAAUGAAUGCAAAGAUAGGUGCAAUAAAGAUUGCAAAUGUGUGGGAUUUUUCUACAGAGAGGAGUCCUCAAAGUGCUUGGUUGUACCUGAGCUUGGAGCUUUGGUAAAAGUGACCAAUUCCUCCCAUGUUGGCUACAUCAAGAUCUCUAAGUAGAUGAAGUUAUUAUUACUGAUUGUAUUUGUAUUAAACAGGCUUUUUAUAUGUUUAAAUUUACUACUAAUGUAACUUUUUUGUCUUAAUAUAAUAAUGAACAAUAAAUGCAUUAAUAUUGUAAACCUAUAAGAACAAAGAGAAGUUCACCAUAAAAUUGAAACCGCACC